UUAAAUAAAUAAAAUACUAAUUAUAAAUAAAUUGAAUAGGCGUCCAGUGCUUCUCUUCUGUUCUAAUUCUUGAAGCAUCUGGUUUUGUUACGGAAUUAGAUAUUGACUGAAGUUUCGAAAAUUCUGUUACGUGUAUGAAUCCACAUCUUUUGUUUCGAGUUUGGUUCCAGAUUCAUAUCUGAACCGUCAAGAGGGCAGAGGAUUGGUGGUGGAAGAGGAGGAGGAAGAUGGAGCGGUGGUUACCGAGAAUGUUGAUGGAAAAUGAAAGAGGACUUGCGGGAGAAUCUUUGCUUUCCACUAUAAAGAUUGCUGUUAUGCCGAUUGCUAAAGUUUUUACUAUGUGCUUUUUAGGAUUUCUUAUGGCUUCUAAGUAUGUUAAUAUCUUGCCUGCUUCUGGGAGAAAGCUUUUGAAUGGGUUGGUUUUUUCGCUUUUGCUUCCUUGCUUGAUUUUUUCGCAACUUGGACAAGCUAUUACCCUUAAGAAAAUGCUUGAGUGGUGGUUUAUUCCUGUGAAUGUCGUCCUUGGUAGCAUUUCGGGAUCGCUAAUUGGAUUAGCUAUUGCUUACAUAGUGCGUCCGCCGUAUCCCUUCUUCAAGUUUACAAUAGUACAGAUUGGAAUUGGAAACAUCGGUAACGUGCCACUUGUUCUGCUUGCUGCUUUAUGUAGAGACCAGUCCAACCCUUUUGGUGACACAGAGACAUGUCAAACAGAUGGGACUGCUUAUAUUUCUUUUGGACAGUGGGUUGGUGCAAUCAUCCUGUACACAUACGUAUUCCAGAUGUUGGCGCCUCCUCCUGAAGGUACCUUUUAUCCCGAGGAAGCAGCUAACCUUCCCAUCAAGAACACUCCAAAGGAUGCCACAAAUGAGCCUGAGCAGGUUCCAUUGCUGAACCAGGAGUUAGUACCAUCAGAUCUGGAUACUCCAAAGAGAGGAAAGAUUGCAGAGUUUUUUUCUUGGAUAUACGAGAAGUUGAAGCUGAAGCAAGUCCUUCAACCCCCAAUCAUUGCUUCUAUCCUAGCCAUGGUAAUUGGUACGACACCAUUUCUUAAGAAGUUGAUAUUUACAAGUGAUGCUCCACUUUUCUUCUUUACAGACAGCUGUAUUAUUCUUGGGGAAGCCAUGAUUCCAUGCAUUUUGUUGGCAUUAGGAGGCAACCUUGUAGAUGGACCAGGAAGUUCAAAACUUGGAUUCAGGACAACUGCUGCUAUUAUUUUUGGACGAUUGGUUUUGGUGCCUCCUGCAGGACUUGGCAUUGUCAUGUUGGCUGAUAAGCUUGGCUUCCUCCCUGCUGGAGAUAAGAUGUUCCGAUUCGUCCUACUCCUUCAGCAUUCAAUGCCCACAUCAGUCCUUGCUGGUGCCGUUGCCAAUUUAAGGGGUUGCGGAAGGGAGGCAGCUGCUGUCUUAUUCUGGGUUCAUAUUUUUGCUGUUUUCUCAAUGGCUGCAUGGAUUGUCCUCUUUCUCAACAUACUCUUCUAAAAACUGGCAUCAAAUUGAUGCUCUACUAGGCCUAGGGAUUCUUCUUUAUUCCCUGUUCAUCAUUGUUAAUAGCCUAGAAAUUUUUAGUUGGUUGGGAAGAGGUGGCAACAAUAUGUCGCCCAUAUAUCGGUACAUUAAGGUGCAUUUGUAAUCUAUUAAGCAAUAUUGUAAGGCGAUCGACCUUUUCUUUCUUUGAUUUAGUAAUGUUCAUUUCAUUUUUAAUUCAUCAA